CGUCCAGCUCGGCACCCGCGGCACUUCUCGCUUUGACGGUGAAUGAACGCGUAGGAGCUAGCUGGUUAGCAGGCUAGUUGUUUUGGCGAUGUGGCUACAAUCAGAAUGAUCUCACAGCGAGAAAGGGGAGAGUUUGCUCGGUUUUACACUGUCACAGACCCCAUCAAGCAUCCCAAAGGUUACACUGUCUACAAAGUCACGGCGAGGAUUAUCUCCAGAAAGAGCCCGGAAGAUGUUCAGGAGAUAACAGUAUCGAAGAGGUAUAGUGAUUUUCGGACGCUUCAUCAGAACCUCUGGCAGCUCCACAAGAGCCUGUGUAGCCAAUCAGAGCUCUUUCCUCCCUUUGCCAAGGCCAAAGUCUUUGGUCGCUUUGAUGAGUCUGUGAUUGAGACCAGGAGGCAGUGCUCAGAGGAUCUCCUGCAGUUCUCUGCCAACAUCCCCGCUCUGUACAGCAGUCAGCACAUCCAGGACUUCUUCAAGGGGGGGGACGUGCACGACGGUUCCGAGCUCAUCGGACCGGCGGAACCUUUCUCUGACUUCCUGGCCGACAGCCUAUCAGACUGCAGUUCCGAAGUCAACCGGGAUCUCAGCGGAGCAGACGAUUGGACCUUCACGUCUGAGUAUGGAGGCCCCACCAGCGAGAGCGACCUGACCUCCCUGGUCGCCGACACCGACUCCCUGGGCGAGCUCGACGAUGGCAUGGCCUCGGGCCGCACCUCCCCAAACCAACCACCGAGGGGAGCCCCCAACUCUAGCGGAAGCUGCAGCCCCUUCCUCCGCCGCCUCCCGCCCCUUCACGCUCGCCACAGCCCGCCCCCUCCCGCCCCGGCGCCAGGCCCCUUAACCCCCCGAGCGGGCCAGGAGGCCAGCCGUCCCGGCGGCCGGUCGCUGCUGUUCUCCGGCGCUCUGCGGAGAGCGGCCGGCGGCAGUGCCGAGGACGCCAAGCCCGACUACCUGGACCGGGCCGGGGAGCACAUCCAGCAGGCGCUGCGGCGGGAGGCGGAGCGCGACUACCAGGCCGCCUUCUCCUACUACCGCAGUGGGGUGGACCUGCUCCUGCAAGGGGUGCAAGGCGAGCCCAGCCCCACGCGGCGCGAGGCCGUGAAGAAGAGAACGGCUGAGUAUCUGAUGCGAGCGGAGCUCAUAGCCAAUCAGUAUCUGCGUGACGACAUGGGCCAGGGUUCGACCCAGACGGUGGCCAUGGUGGGGGCCCAGUGCUGCCCCCCCACCAGCAGAGGCAAACCCAGCCCUGCCGAGGAGCUGAGGGCGUACCGGGUGCUGGGAGUCAUAGAUAAGGUUCUCCUGGUCAUGGACAAGAGAACACAGGAGACCUUCAUCCUCAAAGGGCUGCAGAAGAGCAGCGACUGCGGCCGAGCCAAGGGCAGCAUCAUGCCCAGCGGAGUCCCCAACAUGGUGCGGCUCAGGAAGUUCAUCGUGGCCGAGGACACCGUCUACCUGCUGCUGCAGUACGCCGAGGGUGGGAAGCUGUGGUCCCACAUCGGGAAGUUCCUGCGCUGCUCCAGCCCCGACGACAGCUUCGACAUCCCCUUCAUCCAGAAGAGCCACACCACGGCCGUGCACUCCCCGCAGCGCGCCGCACCCGCUCCCCAGGCCUCAGCCUCGGCCUCCGGUAGCUCCGGGUCGGGGUCCGGCUCCGGGCCUGCCACCAGCUCUCCGCCCUGCCCCGGCUCCAGGCCCCAGCGGGGGGGAGGGAAGCCCCCCCCUCCGCUCCACCCGAAGGGCGCGGGGCUCCCCCCGGGGCUGGCGGGCGGGAAGGGCGGCACGCCGGAGUCCGGGGGCACCUCGGAGGAGGAGUGCACCAACAGCUACCUGACGCUGUGCAACGAGUACGAGCAGGACAAGGUGGAGCCCGACGAGCUGGAGGAGGACGAAGAGGCCCGCAGCGGGCAUGAGGCGUCGUCCCUGUCCCUGGACGCCCCCGCCGCCGCCGCCGCCGACGCCACCGCGUCCGCCUCCCCGCGCUCCCACUCGCUGCGGAGCAACGACAGCCUGUCCUCGCCCGUCAGCGCCCAGGAGCUCUGCUUCUUCGCCGAGAGCGCCGGCGGCGAGGGGGAGGGCCGCGGGGGGGAGGAGCCUGAGCCCGGCGAGGUGUUCAGCCCCCUGCCCUCACCGGCGGGGCCCGGGCUGUCCCUGGACCGGUCCAAGCACACCCCCAUGGAGUUCUUCCGCAUCGACAGCAAGGACAGCGCCAGCGAGGUCAUCUGCCUCGAUGUCAACGUGGGCGGCGACCUCCUGACCUCUCCCAAGCCCCUGGGUCCCGACCCGGACUCAAAGCUCAGGGAGGAGGAGCUUCCGGAGAUGGCCCGGGAGGUCACGGGCCUGGGCUUCGAGCCGUGGGGGCUGGACCCCGGCGACGACGCGGCCUCCAACGAGUCGGUGCCGGUGAUCUCCUUCAAGGAGGCGGCGGCGGCGGCGGACGAGGGACCGCCCCCCGACCUGCUGGUCAACCUCCCGGCCGGGGGGGGCGCCGGGGGCACCGCCUCGGAGAGCGAGGCGCCGGAGGCCCCCGGGGCGUGCCGGAGGCCCGGCCCGGACGUCCUGCAGCUCCACGGGGGGCCCGAGGACGCCCCCGCCGCGGCGCCCCCCGCACCCGGACACAAAGCGUGCCAAAGCGACCCGUCGGUGCCCUCUCCCGCCCCGCUGCCGGAGCCCGACACAAACACUGAGUUCGUCAGAGUCCGGCCGGACGAAGGCCGCGUCCCGGGCGCGGGCGGGGGCGGGGCCGAGCCCUCGCUGUGUCCGGGCGACCCGGACGAGGGGGGCGUCGCCCGGCUGUUCGCGGCGCUGGACGAGCUGACGCUGGCGGCGGCCCACGUGCACAUCCCCGAGGAGUUUGUGCGGUGCUGGGCGGUGGAGAUGGUGACCGCCCUGGACGCCCUGCACCAGGAGGGCGUCGUCUGCCGGGACCUCAACCCCAACAACAUCCUGGUCAACCACCAAGGUCAUAUCCAGCUCACCUAUUUCUGUAGUUGGAGCGAUGUGGAGGAUUCCUACGACAAAGAGGCCAUGGCCAACAUGUACUGCGCCCCAGAGGUGGGCGGGAUCAGCGAGGAGACGGCAGCGUGCGAUUGGUGGAGCCUGGGAGCCAUCUUGUUUGAGCUGCUCACUGGCAAGGUAAGCCGUAAAAGUCAAAGUGUCAUUCUCUCCCCCCCCCUGCCCAAAAAGUAUCUCCGGUGCAAGGUGCUGUCGAGUGUCUGUAGGUGUCUUGGCUUUCAGCUCACACCCACCCUUUGUGGUGCUGCCAGGUUUUGUAUCGCUGUGUGCUCCUGUGUGUGUGCGUGCGCGGUCGCUAGAGCACUGGAUUUAUUUAGUUGUUUUUCUGUGUGUGUGUGUGUGUGUGUGUGUGUGUGUGAGAGAGUGAGAGAGAGAGAGCGAGAGAGCCUUGUCUUGGCUGCCGUCUCACUCUCCGGUUCUCGCGAGUGCCAGGGGUGUCGGUGUGACUUUCUCCCCCCAGCCUGA